GGAUGACAGAAUCCGGCAUAUUAAUCAAUCAUGGAACUAGAGGAAUUGAGGGCCAAGCACCAAGCAACGCUGCAGGAGGUGGAUGUUUUGAAAAAGAUGAAGGCGCAAGCACAAGCCGAUGCCAUAAGAAUGAAGGAGAAGGUUGAACGACUGACGGCAACAGGAAAUGUUUUUGCAACGCCAAUCAGUAUUUUGAGGACUAGGAUGGAACAAGCAGCGGUUGGUAGUGUCGCUAAAGGGAAGCAAAAGGUCACACCAGGGAGAGCCUCGACGACUGCUAAGGAGGUGAAUGACCGGUUCCAGUUCAUCAAGGAGCAGAAGGAGCUUGGGAAGAAGAAUACGGCACAACUAACGGAGAUAUGUAAGCAGAUGGGGAUCUCGUAUAAAAAGAUGGACGUUACAAUUGAGGAAAUCAUUGACAAGAGGGUUUCUGAUGCCUUUGGCAGCUUCGCUAAGGCUGGAGGUCGUGGGGCAUGUGGUCAGGAUAACCAAGGAACGGACGAGGAGCAGAGUGACGAUGUCGCGGAGGUUCACGAGGUGCUAUCGGGAUGUUAAUGACGGUACCCUGACGCGACGCUAUGGAAAGUUGUUAUACAGGUAAAGCACGAUAGACAUAGUAAUUUACGUGAUUCCUCACUUACGCGA